GUCACAUAUAAAUAUAUGUCACCAAGAUAAUUCAUUGCCGUGACCGUUGGACUGUGACUAUGAAGAGGACCAGAUUACUGCUGGCGAUAGCGACGCUCCUGUUACAGGAAGCAACAUGCGAGCCUCCAGUCGAUUCGGCGUCGUUACCAUUAGAACAUCGCGCAGGAGCCGGCUAUGGCCCACCAUUGGCACCUACACAUUCAGAUGACCCCUGGCCACUCGCGACACCUGACAGCCCUAAAAUAAAACAUCUACAAGUACAAUGUGAAAAAACGCACAUGAGGGUUAAUAUUGAAUUUGAUCGUCCAUUCUACGGAAUGAUCUUUUCUAAAGGAUUCUACAGUGACCCACAUUGUAUGCAUCUCAAGCCAGGAACCGGUCAUCUCAGUGCAACCUUCGAAAUUUUUCUCAACAGCUGCGGUAUGUCCAGUUCUGCAAACCACAAUGUAGCAAGUUAUGGGAGUCCUACACCAAGUGGUUCUUAUGUCGAAAAUACAAUCAUCGUACAAUACGACCCAUAUGUACAAGAAGUAUGGGAUCAAGCACGAAAACUACGAUGCACUUGGUAUGAUUUCUACGAAAAAGCAGUCACAUUUAGGCCUUUCCAAGUAGAUAUGCUGCAUGCAGUAACGGCCAACUUUCUCGGCGACAACUUGCAAUGCUGGAUGCAAAUUCAGGUCGGCAAGGGACCAUGGGCAUCAGAAGUGUCCGGUAUUGUAAAAAUAGGACAAACAAUGACAAUGGUGCUUGCAAUCAAAGACGAUGAAAAUAAAUUUGACAUGCUUGUUAGAAACUGCGUGGCACACGAUGGUAAACGCGCACCAAUUCAGCUUGUUGAUCAAUAUGGAUGUGUAGUAAGACCAAAGAUAAUGAGCAAAUUCCAGAAAAUAAAGAACUUUGGACCGUCCGCUUCCGUAGUGUCUUUCGCCUACUUCCAAGCAUUUAAGUUCCCAGACUCCAUGAAUGUUCACUUCCAGUGCGUAAUUCAAGUAUGCAGAUACAAUUGUCCAGAGCCAAAAUGUGGACUGGGCACUGAUUACGGUGUCCCAUUAUUAGGAGGCAAUUCGCUUGGUGCUGCAGAAUAUGGUGUACCCAACUCACCACAUGCUGAAUAUGGACCUCCGCCACCCUCUCCUCAUGCGGAGUAUGGUGUCCCACCGGCGUUCCCCGACCCACGUCAUCCAGCUGAUUCCACAGGGUCGUUUUCAGAAAAGAGGGACGAUGCUGUACCACCACCACAGGCCCAAGUUUCUUCAACACCAAACGCACCCAGCCCAUCAUCGCCUGCCCCCACACGCGAUGAUGACGAGGUUAAUCUACCACCACCGCCACCACCAGGGCGUCGUGGAGUAUACAACACUGUGAAGAGGAAAGAUGACGCGCACGGUAACCUUGCGACACUCGGAGGUAGACCCCGAUCGGUAGAGGACUUACCAGAAAGGCUAGUAGGCGUGAGGCGGCGAAGAGAAACUUCAACACCAACUCGCAUCUACAAGCGUGAUGCUCAAGAGAUGACAGAUGUGAACACUAGUCGCACCAUUCAAGUAGUAGCGCCGGGUGACGUGAACUUCGCACUGAAUAAUGCAGUGGCGAACGAAACUGUAGUGAUUCAGUCUCCAGCAACGGACCCGGAGACGAUAUGCAUGUCAGUGCCGUCGUUCGUGGCGGGGCUGGUUAUGUUAUUGUUAGUGUUAGUGGUGGCAUCGCUGGUGGCCGCGUUUCUUUUCGUGCGCGUCCGAGCGCUCGAUAGGAAGGGUGCCCACGGGGCCACCGCCUAUUAUGAGACGGAUUACGUGAAGCACACGAAUUAGAUCAAAGUGUGCAAGUGUGACGCGUGGACGUUCUAAUAAACUCUUCUCGGAUCCAAAGAGCGUGCGUUCUUCGGCCCCGGCCGGACGGCGCGGGUGCCGCUGUCGCGGUCGCGAACGAAGCCCGGCCGCGUGCGAGUUAUUUAUUUAGUGUCUUGUGAGCGUGAUGUAUAUGUUCGACUGUUUUGUAAAUUAUUUUAUUUGUGUGGAAAGCACUCCUGUACUGCCUUAUUUAGUCCAUA